AUGGCGAAGGGGCGCGGCCGGGGUGUCCCCGAGUCGCCCGCGCCCGCCCCCUGCCGACUGCCGGGGCUGGCCCCCAGGCGUGGCCGCCGAGCUCUCAGCCCGAAGGGGCCGGAGGUGGGAACGCGCAACCUCUACAACCAAGGAGAUGCCGCCCUGGGCCGGAAGCUUAGAAAAGCGCCUAAGCUGGGGCGGGGAGUCCUCUUGACGGACAAGGAGGGUGGCCAGCUGCCCCAGGACGAGGUGUUGGACGAGGCCGUGCUGGGGUACCAGGCCCCAGGGUGGAAGAGCCUUCAAGAGCUCCAGGAACUGGACCUCAACGAUGGGAGCCUGACCAAGUACAAGCAGGCGCUGCUGGGGCCCCUGCCGCCGGUGGCAGACGCCAGCCUGCCCAACGUGCAGGUGCUGCGGCUGACCUUGUUGUCCGAGCAGGCCCCGGGGCCCAUCACCAUGGACCUCUCAGGGGACCUGGCUGUGCUGAAGAACCGGGUGUUUGUCCUGAAGGAGGGUGUAGAUUACACAGUGAAGAUCACCUUCAAGGUCAAUAAGGAGAUCGUCUGUGGUCUCAAGUGCCUGCAUCACACCUACCGCAAGGGUCUGAGAGUGGACAGGGCCGUGAACAUGGUGGGCAGCUACGGCCCCAGCGCACAGGAGUACGAGUUCCUGACUCCAGCGGAGGAGGUGCCACGGGGCGUGCUGGCGAGGGGCAUCUACGUGGUGUCAUCCUGCUUCACAGACGACGACCGGGUGGUCCACCUGUCCUGGGAGUGGGGCCUCCGCAUUGGCAAGGACUGGCAGGACUGA